AAAAACCCCAAAAUCUCUCUCUCUCCUCACGUCUCCCUCUCGGCUCUCCCUCUCUCUCUCUCCGGCUCUCUCACUCUCUCUCAUCCUCUCACCCAAAAACUUCACCAAUCACUUAAAACCCAUGAAAUCUUACCUUCAAUCCGUCUCUUACACGUGAUUUGAGCCUUGGAAUCGCGUGGGUUUGUGCUAGAACUCGUUCUUGGAAGAUUUCGGAGCUUUGGAAGCUAGGGCUCGUUCAUUGAUCUCGUGUUUGAAGCUUCUAACCUUGAGCUGAAAGUGAGAAUGUCCCGGCCCUUACCUUUCAAGUGGUGGCUAUAAAGAGUUAAUUAUCUGAAGAACCAUGACAUCCUCAAGCCAAAGAGUUUGUCUUAGUAACAAACACUGUUGAUCAGGGAGAAAGCAAAAGACUUGGACAAUGACGGGGGUUGGCUCUUCAUGUGGAGCAUGUAAGUUCUUGAGGAGAAGGUGCACGAGUGAGUGUGUCUUUGCUCCUUAUUUCUGCUAUGAUGAGGCAGCAGCCCAUUUCGCGGCGGUGCACAAGGUGUUUGGUGCAAGCAAUGUGUCGAAGCUAUUGUCAUACCUUCCUCAAGACAAUCGAAGCAAAGCGGCUACCUCAAUCUCGUACGAAGCACUAGCUCGGAUGCAUGAUCCUGUUUACGGUUGUGUUGCUCAUAUCAUUGUGCUCCAACAGCAGGUAGUUCACCUACAGGAGGAGAUAGAAACUCUGGAAAACCAGAUGGGUAAUCUUGGAGUUGAUGCUAGUUUUGGAAGUUCUCAAGCAAUAAUUACAAACAGCUUUACCAAUGAGUUACAGCAGGUUGGUUCUCAGCAUCAUCAGAUGAAUCGACAAACUUAUCUAAGUCAAGAAACUACACCUUUGUCCCAUGAAGUGAUGAUCAAGAGGUAUGCAAAUAGCCAGAUGAUAAAAAACAUGCAGCUUCCAAUCACAGAUGGAUUAGAGGGUCAAAACUAUAUUAAUUCCCUGCCCUAAUCCAAACACCCCAGGGAUAGAUUCUUUGAAGGAAUUCAUGACCAAGGGAUCUUUGGAAGCUACACCCAUGGCCAUGGAUUUAACACUGGAAGCAACAGUGGCCACUUGAGGAGCUAGCUAGGGUCAAAAGACUCAAAACUGAAAUGGUCUUUUGUAAUAUAAACCUUGCCCCCAUUACAAACACAAACCACUUAUAUAUAUAUAUAUAUAUAUAUAUAUAUAUAUAUAUAUAUAUAUAUAUGUGUGUGUGUGUGUGUGUGUGUGUGUGUGUGUGUGUUUCUAUAUAUAUCCAAUUUUG